AUGGGCAGCAACCGCAGCGAUGUCGAGGAAGCCGAAGACGCCCCCGUCGACAUCCUUCCGAAGGAGGUUCGCCUCGCCGAAGACGCAGACGACACGCUGCCCAACACCAUGGCGAUCACCGUCCUGCAAGCGCGCAACCUCACGCCUUCUGCCCUGCGAGACACGCUGAGCUGCUACGUCAAGCUGACGUCGCUGGGUGUCGAGUACAAGACGAGCGUCAUGACCAAGACCCGAGAGCCGAGAUGGCACGAGGUGUUCGUCUUCCGAGCGGUUGACUGGGCCACGGGCGUCACGGUCUCCGUCCGAGACCGACUGCCGCUCAAGAUGCACUUCCUGGGCCAGGUGGUUAUCUCGUCGGCCGAGAUCGCCAGUCUCCCAGGGAUGAUCACGCAGCGCUGGUUCCAGCUGAGGGACAAGGGGGUGACUGGCCAGCUCACGGGGGCGGAGCUGGAGCUGAAGGUGGCGCUGGUGUAUACGAAAGCCAACGACCAAGGGCUGUUCGAGAGAGGGCCGGCAGCUGUGGAGCUGGAGAAGGGAGCGGGUCUGGCCGAGUUGCUGGUCGGUCAGGAGGACGAGACGGCGGAGGAAGCGAACGCUCGUACGAAGGCGCUGAUGCGGAGAGAAGAGUGGGAACGAGAGGCAGCGGCCGCGAUUGCUACGUUGAAACAGGGCGACUACCAAGUGCAGGUGCAUGUCAUUGAGGCACGAGACCUCAAGGGGGAGAACCUGAGCGGGACGUCGGAUCCGUACUGUCAAGUGGAGAUUCUGGAUGUGACGAAGAAGACAUCGACGAAGUACAGUACGCUGGGCUGCAUCUUCGACGAGAUUUUAUUCUUCAACUUCCCAAACAUUGGUCGUCAUGAGCUACGAGAGGCAUCAAUCAAGAUCUCAGUCUACGACAAGGAGCGCGUUCUCAAGGACAACCUUAUCGGCAUUUACCAACUCGACUGUCUCUCCGUAUACGCCCAGCCGGAUCACGAACUUUACCGCCAGUGGAUCGCUGUUCACGACAAUUUGAGCAAAAAGGACCGAGGUAUCCAGGGAUUCCUCCUUGUUAGUGUCGUGGUGCUGGGACCUGGCGACGCGCUGCGUGUUCACGACCGAGAAGCUGAGAUCGAACAGGAGCUAGCAGAAGUCACAGGCGAACCCCCAGUAGACGGCAGCAGCACAGUCGCGCCGACGCCUCUUGUGUUGGUGCCUCCAGCUAUCGAGCUCAAGUUGAACUUUCUGGUUGUGCGGGUGCUACGAGCUGAGCACUUGCCUGCUAUGGACACUGGCGGGUUAUUGAUCGGAGCUCAGGGGAUUGACGCGUUCGUACAAGUGGUUUUCGCCGCGAACACACCGUGUAAAACCUCGUGUGUUACUGUAAAGGGGCGAGGGAAUCUCUCUCCAGAUUUUUACGAGGAAUUGUGGCUGCCAGUGCGUACUCCGACGUUCUCGAGGCACAUCGGGCUUUCAAUAUGGGAUCGAGACCUCACGUCUCCAAAUGAAUUGGUCGGAGUGGCGUCGCAUGAUUUCCUCCAAAAGAUUGAGAUUGAACAGGAGCAGCAGCAGCUCCUGGCUGCAGCUCCUCGAUGGUACAAUCUGUACGGACCUCCGCUACGCGGUACAAACCAAAAGCGCCAGCGACUUGUGUCUCGUCACGCAGAGCUCGGCUCGACGUAUCGCGGACGAGUCCUCGUGUCGAUGGUUCGAGUUGAGUCCCCACCUCCUGAAGCAGGUGAAAAGAUGCACACAAAACCUAUGGCCGCUGCAGAGCGUCAACGAUAUGAACGCAGCACCCCCAAGACGGUCAAAUAUAUGCUGCGAGGUGCUCUAUUUUGUGGCGUGGAGUUACCGAGAAGUACUCUACCGUCUCUAGCUGGCGGUACGUCACAAGUUCGCGUCAUGAUCUCUCUAGGUCCGUACUCGAUUGUCUUCGAGAGUCAAGAAGUGGCGAAAGACGGCACUGCUACGUUUGAGCAGUGUAUGGAGCACCGCUCAGCGUUGGAAUUACCUGCAGAUUUGACCCAAAUUCCAGAUGUCAUCGUCACACUGAGCCGAGCUGUGGGUGGCGUAGCAGCGGCAACAAGUCGCAAGGAGGAGUUUGUCAGCGUCAGUUUUGCUCGAUUCCGAGCUGAGGAAUUAUUUGCCCGUGGAUUUACUGGGAAAUGUCAGUGGGUGGUGCUACGCGAAGAACUAGCAAGACGACAGACGAGAUACGCCCUUGAACGAUCGCAAAACCCUGGGGCUCUUCUACUGCGCUUAGGCUUCGGUCGCGUGGAGAUGGCUACACGGCACCCAUGGGUCAACGAAGGCGACACCACUGAGCUAUUCGAUCCGUUCCGCUUCCCAAAAGGGCAUCGAGAGAUCCGUGUCCACGUUUUCCAAGCUCGAGGACUUGAGUCUCCAGCUGGCAUCACGCGUGUUCCAAGUCCCGUAGUGGAAGUUCGAUGUUGUGGCCAGUUGAAGCGCACGAUGGUGCGCCAAAGCACCCCAGCGCCGUUAUUCUACGAGUCUCUCGUCUUCUUGACGAAUGUACCAGCCACGGACGUGAUCUACACGCCAGAGAUCGUCCUACAGGUACAAGACUCAGUCGGAGGUAGUGGAGCGGCUGGACUUCUAGGAGAAUUACGGUUAUCUCUAGCUUCAGCCGUGCGAUCGGUUGCUACCGCUGGAUCUCCAAAGCCUCGGUGGUACGAACUCAAGCGGCCUCGAAGUAGCUCAUCGAUCUCAGUGAGUCUGCUGCUGUCGGAACAAGCUGGCGGCGGGGGAUCAGUGGGUCAAUUGCUGGUUGCAAUCCAGUACAUCGACCACGCAGGCACCGUUCCGCCUGCCGUUCUCCGCCAGCCAGCACCGAUCACUCCAAUGUACACCGAGGCGAACCUCGACAUCGUCGCGCUGGGUGUCAGACACUUGAAAGCUCUCAGUACAUUGGGGGUCCGCCGUCCACACGUCGAGUUUGAGCUGGUAGGGGGUUAUUUCGUGGAUGGAUCGAGUGUAAAACGCACUCAAUCCGGGAUGCCAUCGGGUUCUGGUACCUCGGGAAGCAGCAAGAAUGCCAACUUUUUGGAUCGAAUCGUGGCGCACGUGAAGCUACCGAUCGAUACUUUAUACGCCCCUCAACUGCAGAUUCGAGUGUGUGACUCAACCCUCGGUGGAUUUCGCAAGACGACGCUGGCUUCGUGUAUCGUGGAUCUGGCGAACAAACUGCCGUGGAGUCCGACGUAUCGUACCGAGAUUGCAGACGGAUCGAGCUCUCCAUUCCGAAGCCAGCCCGAAGCUGAGAAGGAGUACCCGAUUGACGAUGGAAUUGGCGUUGGAGACCUCAAUUUACCCUCCGUUUUGUACUCGCACGCACGAGUUAGCACCGUCAACACUCUGGACGAUACGGAUCCUGCUCUAAUCGAGCAGCGCCGAAGAGAAGAACAGCGAAGGUACAACGCCGGGAAGUCUGCUCUACUACUCGCUCAUCGGAGUCGUGGGGAGCGGAGGGGGUCCUUGUUAGGCUCUCCUCGCAGCUCUCGUAAGCAGGAGCUCCACCGCGCUCCUUAUCUUCGAGGAAGGGACUGGUGGAUCUCUGAAUACGGCGGGGAAGAGCUUGAGAACUACUUCACCAGUCCAGCACUGGAAUCCUAUCAGCUGAAGCGACCAGUGCUAUCCCGACCAAGUUUACUGAGUUUCCAGAGAGUUCGAGUACAACUGCGCGCUGGUAUUUUCAAAGGAAGAAUCGCUGUGAUAGAGCGGAGAGCCAAGAAGGAAGUACGUUCGCAGGAGGAGGAGCGGGCUAAGCAGGAGUUUCUGGAGCUUCGUCGCCUCCAAGAUGGCCCCCAACCGGUCAUCGUACGAGUUUAUGUGCUGCGUGGGCAGAAUUUACAAGCCAAAAACUCGAACGGAUACUCAGAUCCAUACCUACGGCUGAAGUUGGGAGGCAACCGCACCAACGAUCGGUCGAACGCGUGUACGAACACUUUACAGCCGGAAUUCUUUCGCAUGUUUGAGCUUGAGACGACUCUCCCUGGCGCCUCUCAGCUGGAAAUUGGGGUCUGGGGUCGUGGACUUAUGGAUCAGUUGAUCGGAUCCACGACGAUUGACCUGGAGGAGCGUUGGUUCCAUCGAGAAUGGCAAGAGAUCGGAGAAGGGCAUUCUACCGGGAAGAAUAAUAAUUCCCAUCUGAAGCCUAUUGAGUACCGGCAUCUGUACGUGCCUCAAAGCCGCACUACAUCACAAGGCUUCUUGCAGCUCUGGGUGGAUAUUCUAACCACGCAGGAGGCAGUACGCGUAGAACCUGUGGACAUUUCACCCCCAGCGCCGAAGACGUUCGAGGUUCGAGUCGUGAUUUGGCGUGCGGAGAACGUUCAGGAUCAAGCUCAGAGCGAGAUCAACGACUACUUUGUGAAGGCCUGGAUGGAGAGUGGAGGGGACUCUGGCAGCAGUCGAGCGGAGAGUACCGACACGCAUUGGCGCUGUUCUAAUGGCAGGCCGUGCUGGAACUGGCGGUUGAUAAUGAAGACCGAGUUCCCCCCACGCUCACCCGAGCUAGCGCGACUGCACAUCCAGCUCUGGGAUAAGGACGUGCUCAAGUGGAACGACGUACUGGGAGAGGCUCAGCUCGACCUGUACAAGUGGCUGCGUCGUGCGUACGAGACGAAUCGCUCAGUGGCGCCAUUCCUAGAGCUCAAGCGUCUUGCUCGACAGCCCGUUCUAGCCGGUGAUGGCUUCCCAGGCUCACAAAAAGCUGGCCAUGACGAAGAUACCAGUGAGAACGAGGAUGACUCAAGUGAAGACGAGAACAACACUGGCACCAAGUUAACACCUCGUGAAGAUAACGCUCUUCUGGGUCAAAGUCCAAAGAAGUCUACGCGAAAGAAACGAAAGCUUGCAAUACGUGGCUUGUCCAAGAAGAAAGAGCCUUCACCAGCGGAGCGUAAACUCGCUAAAGCUCAGAAAGACGAAGCUGAAGCCGAGGCAGCGCUCAAUGGUCUGUUGGACUUCAUGGGGCUCGGUCGCCUCCCUGACGACGCCGAGUGGAUCCCAAUCUACUUCACUGACCGCGAAGCUGCCGUGUCGAUGGAAAUGGGGCGUAUUGGGAUCUCGGUGCAGAUUGUUCCAGAGGACGAGGCGUUGGCGUCUCCAGUGGGUAAAGGCCAGAACGCGCCCAAUCUCAAUCCGUACUUGCCCCCUCCAGUCGGACGGAUGAGGUUCACAGCUAAUCCGAUGGCUAUGAUCAAGGUGCUGGUGGGGCCGAAAAUGUGCAUCCGUCUGUCGAUCAUGUGCUGUUGUGUCGGGUGCGUCCUGUUCUUGUCGGUCUUUGGAGCGACUUUAAUGAGUACACUCACGUAUCUCCAAGCUGUGGAGGGACGGCACUCAAGACCGUGA